GUUAGCAUUUCUAUGGAAUGAUAUAUUAUCAGGAAUCUACUGGUUUCUCAGAAUAAAUAAAGAAGAUGUGAAGACACGCAAGAAUGAUAACAUAGCGGGAAACACGAUAAUGAAGAUAACAACUAGAUCUUGGAUUAAUUUGACUGUAACUUCAACGUUGCUCAAUUUAUUAUUUGUAGUGGAACAGGUAUAUUCAAACGAUGACAAGAAUGGCUGUCCAGGAUAUGUUGGCUACGAGGGGAAGCUAAAAUCAGAGGCUGGAGUCAGAUUCUCUAUAAUGAUUGACAAUUCAUUCAAAUGUAGUGGAGAGGUUGUUGCUUGGCAAUACUACAGAUGUACAGCACAGGACUCGAUCUACGUGACAACGUGGACGCCCAGUGUAGAUGAUGCUCGAGUGUUUACCCUCAAGACAAUUACUGAACUGCCACCAGCACCAUUGGGCAAAUAUACAACUGUUAAACUGGAUGCCCCUCUACAGGUAGAGAAAGACGACGUUAUUGGACUAGCCUACAAGAUGGGAACUAAAAAUGGCGGCCUCACUUGGGAACAGGAAAAGGAUGACGUUAAUGAUCGUAUACUUGACACUAACGAGUAUUAUAAAACUCACUCUAGCACCAAGGUUUUCUUGGACACUGUUACAAUUGGAGAUGAUGUUAAUGUGAAAACUCAGCUCUCCAAAAGGCCAAGUUUAAUGAACUUUAGUAUACGAGCAGUUAUGUCUUAUGGCAGGAGCUGGAGAUUAAACUGCGGGAAAGUUUACAACAAUGAAAUCAUAGGUCCAAAUAAGAAUGAAUUACAGAUGAGAAAGUUGGAAGAAUAUGGAGAUAAUUGGAUCAUGAGUUUCGGGACGCCAAAGCUUUCAGAAUACAAGACUACAAAACUCAUAAGUUGUAUUGCAAAAUGUAUUGCUAAACCAGAGUGCAUGAGUAUAAACUUCAACAAACAAUAUAUGGGUGGACAAUGUAACCUUUACCAACUUCACAAACCUAGAGCACCUAUUCACCUGUACAGGGCAACUGACAAAGGUUGGACUAUGUAUUCAUGCAUACCAAAAUAAAAUUAUCAUUACAAGCGAACCGACGAUGAUUGUAUAUUCAUGUAUACCAAAAU